UCCCUUCUCUCUCUGUUCACGCGAGCUCAAGUCUGCGAUUUCCGAGAGGCAGAGUCUGCUCAGUCUAUCGGAGCAGGGAGGGGAGCUUAGAGGUUUCGAUCCGAUUCUUGAUGUCGGUUCCGUUGGUUCUUGGACUUUGAUCGGACCUCUGCUGUGGGAUUUAGUGGGUCGUCGUGUAAAGCUUCGAGCUUUCUUGGUUUCUGGUCGAAGGUAAGGUUUUGGCCGUGCUUGGAUUUAAUGGAGAGGAUCGACGAGAACGGUCGAGGCGUGAUGGGACCGGCAAACUUCCGAGAUACGGGCAGUCGAAGAGCGUUGAGGGAUAUCAACAAUCUGGUGGGAGCAGCGGAGCCGCCAUGUGCUUAUGCGAACCGCAAGAGGGGAAUGCCGGACAAGGGCAGUGUGGACGAUCAAAAUCCGACAUCCGUAGCUCGACGACCCAUGACCGGGUUGGGCCCAAACUCAGCUUUCUCUUCAUCUUCCUUCUCUUUUAUCGCUCCUUUACUGGUUUUUAUUGGUUGAUGGGGUGGAUUUUUAGGAAAUUUGCGGCUACAUUGGAAAGAAAAUCUCAAGCUUAUCAGCGGGGGACCAAAGAACAGCAUGAACAAGUCAGGAAUGAGACCCAGUUUGAUCCACCCUUGCCAUCAACAGUGUCAAGUUCGACCUGUUUCGAUGGUUGUACUGCGAUAGAUGUGGAUGAUUGUAAUAUGCAUUCUGACAUAGCAUUGCCCAUGGUAGACGAAAUGGAAGAAGUGGAUACCUCUGAUCCCAAGGAGAUUGAAAUGGAGGAUCUUGUCAUCGAGACAGCUCCGGACAUCGAUAGCUGUGAUUCGAAUAAUCCGCUUGCCGUCGUCGAAUAUGUAGAAGAUAUAUAUAGUUUCUACAGACAAACUGAGGUUACAAGUUGUGUGAGCCCUGAUUACAUGUCUCACCAGUUUGACAUCAAUGAGAAAAUGCGAGCUAUCCUCGUCGACUGGCUGAUAGAGGUGCACUACAAAUUCGAACUGAUGGAGGAGACACUUUUUCUGACCGUAAACAUCAUAGACAGGUUCUUGGCAAGGAUGACGGUAGCGAGGAAGAAGCUUCAGCUGGUUGGAGUUACAGCCAUGCUUCUUGCUUGCAAGUAUGAGGAACUCUCCGUGCCGAUGGUAGAGGAUUUUGUUCUCAUCACCGACCGUGCUUACACCAGGGAAGAAAUCCUUGAAAUGGAAAGAUCGAUCAUCAACACAUUGCAAUUCAACUUGUCUGUGCCAACUCCUUAUGUUUUCAUGAGAAGGUUUCUCAAGGCAGCAGAGUCUGACAAGAAGCUCGAGCUUGUCUCGUUCUUCAUCAUCGAGCUGUGUCUGGUUGAGUACAAAAUGCUCAAGUUCCAGCCUUCUUUGCUGGCUGCUGCCGCGAUCUACACCGCACAGUGUUCUCUCAGAGGAUUCUUCAAGUGUUGGACCAAAACUAGCGAGCUGCACACCUCCUAUUCAGAGGAGCAGCUUCUUGAGUGCUCAAGGUUGAUGGUGGAGUUCCACCACAAGGCUGGACAAGGGAAGUUGACAGUAGUACAUAGAAAAUACAGCAGUUACAGAUAUGGAUAUGCAGCAAAGUCAGAACCAGCUCUCUUCUUGUUGGACACUGGUCACUAGUGCCAAUGUCAGGGGGUGGUAACUUGAUGCUUCUCUCCCCCAUCAAAUCCUAAAUUUACCAUGGCAGAGUAUAAUUCUGUAUGAUGAUGAUGAAUGAUCUUUGGGUGCAACAGAAGUUGCAGAUCAUGCAAUGGAAAUUGCAUAGAAAAUGGACAAAUGGCCAAAAUAGUAUAAUUAGUUUUUGU